UUCCCAGGGAGGUCUUCUGUGAGCACAAUCUGACGAAGUGUUAUUUUUCCUCUCGAUGUAACUGCAGGGUAGCUAGCAGUGGAAUCGAUAACGAAAUCCAGACAGCGUUACACGGGAAGUACAUUCUUAGAGGGUUGUUUUUGAAUUACGAAUUGGAAUACUGUCAGAAAACUGUACAUUUACUUCCUUUUUUCCUGUUCGUGAUCCGAAGUCUGGACGUGCUCUGUUGGACAAUGGUCUCUUUCCUGACCGUGACCUGAAAGCAUCUCCGACGGUCGCCAGGCGCUGUGCCGCGCGGCUCCGAGCCCCUCGCCUUAUCUCCGCUCCGCCGCUGCCUCUGCCCGCCGCGCCCUAUGGAAGGCUAGCCUCCCGCUGCCUCGUCGAAGAAAGGGGACGCAAGCAGUCAGACAGCCAGGAGGAGCGGGGGGAGGAGGGAGCAUCCGACGUGCAGCAGCAGGGCGCCAAGGCGAGGGGCGGGCGGAGACCAUGUCGUCCAACCGGAGCCAGAACCCGCACGGGCUUAAGCAGAUUGGGCUGGACCAGAUCUGGGAUGACCUGAGGGCGGGGAUCCAGCAGGUGUACACCCGCCAGAGCAUGGCUAAGUCGCGCUACAUGGAGCUCUACACCCAUGUAUAUAAUUACUGCACCAGUGUGCACCAGUCGAACCAGGCCCGCGGGCCGGGCGUCCCUCCACCCAAGCCUUCUAAGAAGGCCCCCACUCCAGGAGGAGCCCAGUUUGUGGGCCUGGAGCUCUACAAGAGACUGAAGGAGUUCCUAAAGAAUUACCUGACGAACUUACUAAAGGACGGCGAGGACCUGAUGGACGAGAGCGUUCUGAAGUUCUACACGCAACAGUGGGAGGACUACCGCUUUUCCAGCAAAGUCCUCAACGGUAUCUGUGCCUACCUCAACCGCCACUGGGUGCGGCGCGAGUGUGACGAGGGCCGCAAGGGCAUCUAUGAGAUCUACUCGCUGGCCUUGGUAACGUGGAGAGAGUGCCUGUUCCGACCUCUGAAUAAGCAGGUUACAAAUGCAGUGCUGAAGCUUAUUGACAAGGAGCGGAACGGGGAGACCAUCAACACCAGACUGAUCAGCGGAGUGGUCCAGUCCUACGUCGAGCUGGGUCUGAACGAGGACGACGCCUUCGCCAAGGGCCCCACCCUCUCCGUCUACAAGGAGUACUUCGAGAGCCAGUUCCUGGCCGACACGGAGCGCUUCUACACGAGGGAGAGUACGGAGUUCCUGCAGCAGAACCCCGUCACCGAGUACAUGAAAAAGGCAGAGGCACGUCUGCUGGAAGAGCAGAGGAGGGUCCAGGUCUACCUCCACGAGAGCACGCAGGACGAGCUGGCUAGGAAGUGUGAGCAAGUCCUCAUUGAGAAGCACCUAGAGAUCUUCCACACAGAAUUCCAGAACCUCCUGGAUGCAGACAAAAAUGAAGAUCUUGGUCGCAUGUAUAACUUGGUGUCACGGAUCACCGACGGUUUGGGAGAGCUCAAGAAGCUUCUGGAAACACAUAUCUACAACCAGGGCCUGGCUGCUAUUGAGAAGUGUGGGGAGGCUGCUCUGAACGACCCCAAAAUGUACGUCCAGACAAUUUUGGAUGUUCAUAAGAAAUACAACGCUUUGGUGAUGUCUGCGUUCAAUAACGACGCCGGCUUUGUGGCUGCGCUGGAUAAGGCCUGUGGGCGCUUUAUCAACAACAAUGCAGUCACCAAGAUGGUCCAGUCCUCCAGCAAAUCUCCUGAGCUGCUGGCCAGAUACUGUGAUUCUCUGCUUAAGAAAAGCUCCAAGAACCCAGAAGAGGCAGAGCUGGAAGACACACUAAAUCAAGUGAUGGUGGUCUUUAAGUACAUCGAGGACAAAGACGUGUUCCAGAAGUUCUACGCGAAGAUGCUGGCCAAGCGCCUAGUGCAUCAGAACAGUGCCAGCGAUGACGCCGAGGCCAGCAUGAUCUCCAAGCUGAAGCAAGCGUGCGGCUUCGAAUAUACGUCCAAGCUGCAGCGCAUGUUCCAGGACAUCGGCGUAAGCAAAGACCUGAACGAGCAGUUCAAGAAGCACCUCACCAACUCGGAACCCUUGGACCUGGACUUCAGUAUCCAGGUGCUGAGUUCCGGUUCCUGGCCUUUCCAGCAGUCCUGCACUUUUGCUCUACCUUCUGAGUUGGAGAGGAGCUACCAAAGGUUCACAGCCUUCUAUGCCAGCAGACACAGUGGCCGCAAGCUCACCUGGCUCUACCACCUGUCCAAAGGAGAGCUGGUCACCAACUGCUUCAAGAACAGAUACACCCUGCAGGCCUCCACGUUCCAGAUGGCUAUCCUGCUCCAGUACAACACUGAGGACUCGUACACCGUCCAGCAGCUGACUGACAGCACGCAGAUCAAAAUCGACAUUUUGGUGCAGGUUCUUCAGAUUUUAUUGAAAUCCAAAUUGCUGGUCCUGGAGGAUGAGAACGCCAACGUGGACGAGGUUGGAGUUCAAACCACAACGCUCAUCAAGCUCUACCUGGGUUAUAAGAAGUAAGGGUUCCCAUAACACACGAUAAAAAAGCUGCGAGUAAAACAUCAAUGUGCAAUGAAGACAGAACAGAAGCAGGAACAGGAAACCACUCACAAAAACAUCGAGGAAGACAGGAAGCUCUUGAUCCAGGCGGCAAUCGUGCGAAUCAUGAAGAUGAGGAAGAUGCUGAAGCACCAGCAGCUCUUGGCCGAGGUCCUCAACCAGCUCUCCUCCAGGUUCAAGCCUCGAGUCCCUGUCAUCAAGAAAUGCAUCGACAUUCUCAUCGAGAAGGAGUACCUGGAAAGAGUGGAUGGCGAGAAAGACACCUACAGUUACUUGGCCUAAACUUUGUUUGUUUUUGUUUGUUUGUUUUUGCUCCCCUACCCAUCUCACUCGCUCUCUUUUUAAGUUGUCUCUUACAUAAUAAACAUCAUUCCUUUUGACGUUCGGCCUAUGUUGUUGGGAAUGUACGGCUGCAGGAGAAAAAAAAUAUUUAAAAAAGACAUGGAAGAGCAGAGAGAGAGAGCGCAUUUGUGUGUGUAAAUGACUGUAGCAAGCGUCUGCUGGGCUGGACUUCCCUUUAAACCACCACGGGUGUGUUGGAGCAGUUCGCUACACCCCGCGGCGCACGGACUUCAGCACUGUAAAUAAACCGUGGAUGGAAACCUACUACCUUUUUUAAUCUUGCGAAAAGCUAUUACCGAGAAACCCAGCGAGAAAAUCCCCUUCGUGCUAGGGUUUGCAUGCAACUCCCUAUCUGCAUUUAAACAAGCAAGAGAAUCCCGAACAACCUGAAAAGAUAAGGCAUUACUAGAUGAUCUAGGAGCGCUGCCGCGUCGGGGAGCGGCAGGGAUGCCAGGACGUUGUUUAACGCGGGAGGAAGAACGUGCAAUUUUAGCUGCACAUCCAGGAGAAGAAUGUGUGUUUGGCCAGGUCGUUAGAUGUGUGCUCGACAACAUUACCUGCUAUCAGAAAACCAUUUGUAUACUGUGGUUCACUUUUUUAAAUGUGGGGUAAAUAAAAAUUAAACGUUUCGUAUGCCUU